AUGGCAUCGUUUGGCAAUAAUACAAAAAUAUUAAGCUAUUCGUAUCCGUUUGCGGAUUUGGCGGAUGAGAGGACGCGAAAUUGGCCACUGGUUGAGUCGCCCUGGAAUGUUCCCGCUCUUCUGGGCCUCUAUCUAAUGAUGGUCUACUACGGACCCAAAUGGACAGCCAGGUACAAGCCGCUGCAGCUGCGACUGCCUCUGUUCUGCCACAGCUUAGCCAUGGCCUGCCUGAAUGCCUAUAUCUGUGUGGAACUCUUCACGGCGACGCGGGCCCUCGACUAUAGCUUCAGCUGCCAGCCGUGUCGGGUGAACCAUAGCCCGAAUGAAAUGCGGAUAGCCGCGGCUUUUUGGUGGUUCUACAUCUCGAAAAUACUGGAAUUCGCCGACACGGCUUUCUUCAUCCUGCGUCACAAGUGGAGCCAACUGAGCUUCCUUCAUGUUUAUCACCACAGCACCAUGUUUGCCUUCUGCUGGAUCUUCAUCAAGUGGUUGCCGACGGGUUCAACUUAUGUACCAUCUUUGAUAAACUCCUUCGUCCACGUCAUAAUGUACAGCUAUUACGCGCUGAGUGUCCUGGGUCCUCGUAUCCAGAAGUUCCUCUGGUGGAAACGCUACUUAACUGGCCUCCAGCUGCUGCAGUUUACCAUAGUCUUGAUGUGGGCUUCCCAAAUGGCUUUCCGGGGCUGUGACUACGGAUCCUGGCUAACGCCACUUGGAGCUGCAUAUAUGGUACCUUUCCUAUUUAUGUUCGGAAGAUUCUAUGUCCAAAAGUACAGGAUAUCAACAGUUGCCAAGAAAGCAAAGUAAAUCAAAUUAAUAUUGCUAACAGU